CACACGCACACACGCACACACACACACUGCUUCAGGUCCUCACAGAGACACAAAAACAGCAGCAGUCAAACAGAGUUUAAGAGUGACGACGAAACAGCAACGAGUGAAACAGACACACCAACACGGGACAGGUAGACAGGUAGACAGGUACAGAACAGUAAACAACAGGUAUAGAACAAUAAACAACAGGUAUAGAACAGGUAAACAACAGGUAUAGAAGAGGUAAACAACAGGUAUAGAACAGUAAACAACAGGUAUAGAAGAGAUAAACAACAGGUAUAGAACAGUAAACAACAGGUAAACAACGGGUAUCUCAGGAGUUGGAACUGAGUUGACCAAAAGAUGGCUCCUCCCCCCAUCCCAAAGCCUCGAGCUCGAUACCUGCGGGACAGUCAGAGCUCCGCCUCCUCUCUGGACAGAGACGUGAUUGGAGGAAGUCUACGGGCAGAGUUUUCUAACGGAACUCACCUGAGCACAGAUGAAGAUGCUCCUCCUCCCGGUGGUCCUGGUCCCAUCUUCCCAACUCUGGCCGGUGUUGCUGACAUCAUUGCCAUCAACAUUCCAUCAUUGGCUGGGAUUGCCUCAGCCAUUGGAAGCUCCACCCCCUCAACCAUCGGAGGCUCUGUCCCUUCAGCCAUCGGAAGCUCCGCCCCCUCAGCCCCUCCCUCCUUAGACAGCAUGGCUGCUAGUGCUGUGGCUAACCCCCUUGUACCUGCAGAUACCAAAGGUACUGCUAGCUUAGACAGCAUUGUUAGCUCGCUAGCUAGCAUACCCAGUUUAGCAGGGAUUGUUAAUGGCGUGGCUAACCCUGCUAUUAGCUCCGACCCCUCAGCCCCACCCCUCCAAGAGGAUAAACUCCACCCCCCCUCACUCCCGAAGACUGCUGGAGAUGCUCACACAGAUGUUGGACUCCUGUCUCAGCUGGUGACUUCAGCUUUAGAUCCGACUGCAGACGUGGUUUUACUUCCUGUCAAGAGCCCUGCAGAGUCAAGACAGGAAGCAGAGGAAGGUUUGACUCCACCUUCGCACACCAAAGAAAACCCGUAUGUCACUUUGUUGGGCUGUUGGACAAGCCAGGAGGAAGCGGACACCGAGUCGUCUAAUGAGGAGGAAGAAACAGGAGUAAACCCUGCCCCCUCUGGACAUGAGGAUGAGGAACUAACGGAAGACUAUCCCGCCUCUACAGAUACCAUCAUCGUCUCGUCCAAUGAUUCAGGUCGGCCCGUGCCCAAACGACCAGCCCCGCCCCCUCCUCGCACAGCUGGCCAAUUAGGAAAAACUGUGAAACGGAAGAUCCCAAGGGCGGCCACCAUCCGGGUGUCCAGGAAGAAGGGGGGCAGUGGAAGUUCUGGUCCUCAGAGCGCAGUGGUCCGAGCCAGCUGGCUGGACGUCUGGAAGGGCUUCAGACACAGUGUUUUAUGGGCAACGCUGGAUGGACAGCUGAUGUCUCUGUGGAAAAAACGCACAGACAGAUUCAGUGAGGUGCUGUUUCAUGUGUCCAGCAUCACCAACGUGAGGAAACAGGACAAAGGCAGAUUCUCAGUUUACUUCAGGAAGAAACAUUAUGACUUCAUGGCUCAUAAUGACGAGGUCCAGGAUGGUUGGAUCACAUCUCUGCUGGCAACGCGGGGCCAGCCAAGCCCCACCCCCCCUGAGCUGGAUGGACCAAUCACCAUCAAGGACCCAUGGAGCCGUGCCUACGCCGCCCUCUGGGGCCACGACCUCUGGAUCUACCCCAACAAGGAGGGCUUCCAGCUGGGCAUCGCCUCCUUCUCCGUCCCCCUGAACCUGGCCACGGUUAAAUCCACCGGGAAACACUCGUUCAGCCUCAUCACUCCCUACAGGAGCUUUAGCCUGUCUGUUGAUUCGUCAAAGGACUUGUCCAUCUGGUUGGACAGCCUGUCCUCAACCAUCUGCAGCGCUUUGACCUGCAGCCAGGUGGCGCAGCGUCUCUGGGAAAACCCCUACAACAAAGUUUGUGGAGACUGUACAGCGGCCAAUCCUGAGUGGGCGUCGGUCAACCUGCUGCUGGUCAUCUGUCAGGACUGUGCAGGUCAGCAUCGAGCUCUGGGCAGCAACCUGUCGAAGGUACGCAGUCUGAAGAUGGACAACAAAGUCUGGACCGAACCACUCAUACAGCUGUUUGUUACCUAUGGUAACUGGCUGGCCAAUCAGGUGUGGGCUCCUGCUGUGCCAGUGGCAGAGCAGCUGCGUCCAGAGUCGACAGACAAGGAGCGGUCCCAGUUCAUCCAGGAUAAAUACAACAGGGGGCGCUACAGACGAGUCCAUGCUCUGACGUCGUCCCCCUCCAUGAUGGACCAGCGUCUCCAUCAGGUGGUCUGCAGUGACAACAUUGAGGAAACGAUGUCUCUGAUCUGCUCCGGAGCAAAGGUGAGUCCGUCAGAUCCACAGUGCCCCUCCCCCAUCCUGCUAGCUGAGAGAGCCAAUCAGGCGAAGCAAACGGAGCUGCUGCGACUCAACGAGUACACAGAGGUUCCACCUCACCUGCCCCAGUCAGCCAAAGGGAGACUUGGCUCCACCCCCUCAGGUGAGGAGGAGGAGGAGCUUCACGGUAAACUGGAAGACGACCGCUUCCUGUUCUCUCUGGAGAACGACUCAGCGGCCUGCGACGUUCUGGACCUGAGAGAGGUUCUAUCAGUGUUCCUCAGAGAUGGACCGACUCAUCAGUUUGAGAUGGUGACACUGAGCGAUCAGCUGAUCUGCAAUGCUGAUGACAAGGAGGCUCUGCAGACUCACCUGGUCCACAUCCUGAAGGUGAUUCUCCCAGGGGGUGUGUCUUAUGCAGAGGUGGGCGGGGCCUAUGCUGUCAGUAAAGUGUGUAUCGUGGAAGUUGGCAGAGCCUCGAGCGAUCCAGAUGUCUGGUUGUUGCUGUGGGAGGACGGAGUCAGCGUCCACCCGGUCCAGAGACACUCGCAGCAGCCGCUGAGGAUGGAACUGAGCGCGCUCAGUCACCAUGAGAUGAAUCCAUCUGAAAACAUCAUCACCAUGGCAACCUCGGACAGGAGCGUGGCGUUUCGCUUCGAGGAGCAGCACAGCUGUCGGUCCUGGUUCAGCCACCUGCAGAGAGCUCUGGCCAAUCAGGGCUCAGCUCCACCCCACCCUGCUGUGGCCAAUCAGGGCCCAACUCGCCAGGCGCUGUACCCGGUGAUGGACGUGGGGGCCAGAGGUUCGGUGCCAGCGGCCGUGGAGCGCUGCAUCUCCCACGUCACCGCCUACGGUGUGGUUCUGCAGCUUGUCAUUAACGUUUGUCUCUCAGGCCUGAAGGUGGAGGGCGUCUACCGUCGCUGUGGUCUCGCCAACAAAGUCAACCGAUUGGUGGAGGCCCUGAUGACAUCACCAAACUUCGCACCCCUGGAGGGAGAUGAGCAGGGAGUGUUGGAUGCUGGCUCCGCCCUCAAACAGUACAUCCGCCAACGGGGGAGUCUGAUCCCCGAUGGACACCGAGAGCAGUGGCUGCAGGCCGCAGUGAUUCCAGAUGAACGCUUCAGGUUUAAAGAAUACAAACGGUUACUACGGCAACUACCUGAUGACAACAGAGCAACACUGAACGCCCUGAUUGGACACUUCUACAUGGUCCAGGUGUUCUCUCAGGUGAACAGGAUGUCGGCUCACAACCUGGCCGUGGUUCUGGUUCCGUCUCUGUUUCAGGACCUGAACCAGGAUCUGAUCGGACUCACCAGAGAGUUCAUCAUCCACCACACACUGCUGUUCCUGACGCUGGAGGUGGAGGGUGAUGAAGAGGAUGAAGAGGAGGUGACUGCCUUCUGAUGAAGACCAGACUCAGUUGAUCUGAAUGUUUCUGAAGUUUCUGUUUUUCUAAUGAUGGUUAACUUUAAGGAUGAAGCGCUUAUUGGUGCUGGAUUGAAUCUCUGUCAGCAUGUUUCUGUUUCUAACUGAGAGUGUGGCUCCGCCCCAUGUUGGCCCCGCCCCAGAUGCUGCUCCGCCCCUGCCCCCCAAUGCUGACCCCGCCCCCUGAUGUUAGUUCCGCCCUCUGCUGGCUCUGCUGCGUGGAGAAACAUGCUAACAUGCAAACAUUUGUUCUGCUGAAGCUCCAAUCUGUAUUUUUAGUCGACACAAGCUAAACCUGCCAUGUUGGUGUCUGGUUGCCAUGGCGACGCUUGGUGUUUCUCUUCUGUGAUGUGGUUGGACAGGAAGUCAGUCAGACCAAACAUAGACUUCACACCAGAGAACAUCAGAGAGACUUCACAUCCAUUUCCUGUCUCAGGGGUCGGUCCAGAACUGGAGGAAAUGUUCGAAAAUCAGCCUCCAUAUUUUCUGCUCUAUAUUGAUCAACAAUAGGCACUGAUUGGCUCAACUUCCACAUCAAUGGCACCAUUUUUAUUCCAUGUUUUCUGUGCUGUUUGCUAACCCUACUCUAAUCCAUGCUAAUGUGAUCUUUUUCUCAGCAGUAGAAGCUAGAUAUUUAGCUGCUGUUACUGCUGACCAAGAGGACAAACUGACUGAUGGAAAACAGUCCAAAGAAUUAGUCUGAUCCUGAUAAUAUGAGGUAGAGGGAGACAUUCAAUCAAGGCUGACAAUGUGAUGAAAAUAUGAAAAAUAGAAGAGAGGACAUAGCUUUGCUCUACCUAUUCUGUAGGAACACUGAUGGAUGAUGGAAAUGACAAAAAUAAGACACAAAUCAACAAAAACUAGUCAUCAAACCACUAAAACAACAUUAAAAAAUUACAAGAACGAGUUGCAAAAUGACAAAAAAUGACAAAAACAACAAAAACGAGACACAAAACAACAAAAACGACAGAAAAUGACAAAAAAUCUCACAAAAGACAAGAACAAGACAGAAAAUGACAAAAACAAGACACACAAAACCACAAACACGAGACAAAAAACAACAAAAACAAGACACAAAACAACAAAAAAACAAUAAAAAUGAGACAGAAAAUGACAAAAACGACACACAAAACCACUAAAACAAGACAAAAAUGUCAUCACCAGGUUCUGCCAACAUGUUGUGGGACACGUUCCAUGAAUAAUAAGUAUUAUUUAGAAUAAUCUGUUGAUUAAAAAAUGUUCCCACAAUUACAGAGACAUGAAUGAAAAAAUAAAACAGAAAAAGGAGAUUUAGAUUCUAACUGUUUCAUUAGAGAUCCAGUUUGGUCAUCAGUGGGGUGAAAAAUGGUAUUUUAGGGGAACUCCAGAUUUAUUUGGUAUUUAAAAUAUAUCUUAAACAUUCUUUUCUCCUAUUUUUUUUAAGAUUUGGUCUAAGGACAGGAACAUUUACACACUACUGCAUGUUUUAGGGUUUAAUACGUGGAUUAUGGGAUGAUAAAUGUCCUCCAGCUCUUGAAUGAUCCGACUCAUUUUCUGUUUUUUAUUCUCUGUGGGUUGGUUUUGGGAAACUUCGCCAUUUCUUUUACAUGUCAGAAGCUUGAUUAAGGUUUGGAACCCAAAUAUAUAAAAUUCUGGAUUAAAAUAAAAACAUUUAACGACA